AAAACAUAGAGAGGGGGAGAAAGAAAGAGAGAGGAGAGUUUCCUCUCGCUGGCAGUGACAGAAACAGACCUGAGUGUCGCCAGCCCUGUGGACCUGCGUUUCUGGAAGAAAAUAAACAGCAGCAGCCGUGCAGAACAGGAUUUUUAAGCCCUGAGAAAGUGUGUGUGUGUGUGUGUGUGAGAAGAAGAGGGGUUGGGUCAGCUGGACCCAAGGCUGAGAGAGGGGGCUGCACUGCGUAAAGAUGGGUGCAGCUCCAGGGAGGACACGCGUCUGACAGCUUUUCGGACUUCCUGGGAGAACCUCUGGAUUAAAGACUGUUGCCGAGAUUGAGGCUGAGGUGACAGAUUGGACAGAUGGCUUCCCUUCAAUCCACCCCAAUCUCAGACACCAUGCCUACUAGAGUACCCCCAAUGCACCAGCAUCAACUCGAAGACGAAGAAGGGGAGAAGGAAGAGUUUGGAGAGAAAUUUGAGUUCGAUGACUCUGACGAAGACAGUGGCCAGGGCAAGACACCUGAUACGGACGGAGGAUUCUACUCUUCCACUGGCAACACUGGAGCCUUCAAGCAGGCGGUGGUCCUUACCACAUUUCAGAGCCCGGUGCUACCACCUGCCAUGGCCAAGAGUCCGCAUGUUAGUGACGGAGUGACCUCUACAGGCCAGGAGGACCAGAGAAGCAGCCCAGAUAUGGUGGCCAGAGAGUCUCCUGAUGGCAGCUCAAUAGAGCCCAGGGUAUCUGAAGACUCAGAGGCGACCUGGAAAGCAAACAGCAUCUAUGAGGCUACAGUAGAGCCCAAGGUAUAUGAUGACUCAGAAGCGACACGGAAGGCCAACAGCAUCUACGAAGGUUCAAAUCCUGAGUGUUACUACACGCCUAUCAUAAAAAAGUCGGCCCGCACCCAAGCUAUGACAGUCCAGACACCUGCUCGCUCCCGGGAAUGGUUCAGUGUGGUGUCAGAACUCACACUGCGACUGCACAAAGGUCGACCUUCCGUGCCUUCUGCCCCCGAGCCAGCCCAGCAGGAAGCACCCCCAGCUCGUACAGAGGUCAUUUACGAUGAUGUACCGUGUGAGAGCACACUAUCUCUCGACGCAGUGGACGACCAGGUAUACGAGGACGUGCAGAGGCCAGACGAGCUGCAGGGGACAGACAAUGGCUGGAGCUCCAGCGAAUUUGAGAGCUACGAUGAGCAAUCAGAUGAAGAGACCAAACCACCGGCUCGUAGCAAGAUCUCUCCGGAUGUGAGCCGACUGAGGGAGCGGUGUGUCAGGACAAAGCGGGAUUUCGCCAUGCGCUUAGCCGGGCGGGACUUCCCCCAAAUCAAACAGUGCUAUGACAUCAAGGUCCAACAGCUCAUGAAGGCUGCCAGGGACGGGACCAAAGAUGGACUGGAGAAGACCAAAAUAGCCAUGAUGCGUAAAGUCUCCUUCCUGAACAAGAAAGAGCUCACUGAGGACACAGAGGAUGAGUCUGGCUAUCUGGACGUGACUUUAUCUGAGGUGAAACACCCGCCCCCACAGCUGAGUCCGAUGCCAGAAGGCCUAAGCAGCCAGCAGAUUGUAAGACGUCACAUUCUUGGUUCCAUAAUUGACAGUGAGAGACGCUACCUCGAAUCCCUCAAGAGAAUACUACAGGAAUACCAGAAGCCCUUACUGGAAGCCGAGCCAAAGAUCCUGAAUUCUAAGAAGAUCCAGCCCAUCUUCUACCGGCUCAAAGAGAUCGCGCAGUGCCACUCCAUGUUCCAGAUCGCACUGGCCUCUCGUGUGUCCGAGUGGGAUGCCAUCGAGAUGAUAGGUGACCUGUUUGUGGCCUCAUUUUCCAAGUCCAUGGUGCUGGACGUGUACAGCGAAUAUGUCAACAACUUCACCAAUGCCAUGGCUCUCAUCAAGAAGGCGUGUAUGUCCAAACCGGCUUUUCUGGAGUUCCUCAAGAGGAAGCAGGCGUCCAGUGCUGACAGGAUCACUCUGUACGGUCUGAUGGUCAAGCCCAUCCAGCGUUUCCCGCAGUUCAUCCUCCUGCUGCAGGACAUGUUGAAGAAUACUCCAGUGGGACACCAGGACCGUCUGCCUCUCCAGCUGGCUCUGACGGAGCUGGAGACGCUGGCCGAGAAACUCAACGAGCAGAAACGUGUGGCCGAUCAGGUCGCCGAGAUCCAGCAGCUUGCCCGCAGCAUCAACGACCGCAACCUCAGCAAGCAGCUGAACGCUGACCAACGUCAUCUUAUCCUGCACGAGACGCUCAUCGAGACUGUGUACGGCGAGAAGGGCCAAGUGCUCAAAUCGAAGGAGCGCAAGGUCUUCCUCCUCAACGACUCCCUUGUGUGCGCAAACAUUAACCUCAAUUACACUGAGAGCGGCAUUGAUACCUUCAUUCAGGAAAGAUUUUGGGGUCCUCCAGAUAUCAGCAGCCUUGUUCCUAUCGGGCCGAAGUACGCGGUGAAGUGGAGUGCCCCCUUGCUUCAAGUGCAGGCGGUGGAGGUGGGGCAGGAGGGCUCACCAAGCAAAGAGAACCUCUUCCAGCCCAGCAACAACAAACGCCUCAGCACUAGCACUCCAGGGAAGGUGUUUCUGGGACCUCCCCGGCUUUACCAGGACCUGCAGGAGCUUCAGCAUGACCUGUCCGUGGUGGAGGAGGUCACUCUGCUCGUGGGCACUUUACAAGGAGAAUAUCAGAACCUGAACACCACAGUGGGGCAAGACUGGUGCCUGGCCUUGCAGCGACUCAUUCGCAUCAAGGAGGACGAGAUCCAGUGUGCCAACAAGUGCCGCCUGCGACUGAUGGUGCCUGGCAAACCAGACAAGUCUGGACGUCCAGUGAGUUUCAUGGUGGUCUUCAACACUCCCAAUCCUCUCAGCAAAAUCUCUUGGGUCAACCGGCUGCACCUGGCUAAGAUUGCACAAAGGGAAGAAAAUAUGCCUGGAUGGGUGUUUGCAGAUGACGAUGACAAAACUAAGCCUCCGUUCUGGUGCCCACUUCUGGCCUGUCGAAUGCCAGCCUUCAACAUCAAGUCCCAAGAAUGGAAGCUGGAGACUGCUCUACACAACCCAGUCCAGUGUGCUCUCCUCGGCUUCUCCGCCGCCAGUACGUCGCUGCCCCAGGGCUACCUGUGGGUGGGCAGCUGGGGGGAUGACUCCCACGGCCAAGUGGAGAUCUUCUCCCUGAACAGAGCUACGCCGCGCUCGGUCAAGUCCUUCCCUGUGGGGGCGCCGGCGCUGUGCCUGGAGUGUGUGACCGAGCCAGAGCGCGGGGCCUUUGAGGAGGACGGAGAGGAGGAGUUGGAGUGCCCGGCUAAAAUAGGCAACACCAUCUGUGUGGGGCUAAGGGAUGGGAGCAUUCUAGUGUAUGGUAGUGUGGACACCACCACUCAGUGCCUACAGACCUUCCGGAACCCUGAGGCCAUUCCAGUUCUGUGUCUGAAAAAUUCGGCCAACUUCCUGUUCGCAGGGCUACUGAAUGGCACUGUGUUGGUGUACAGCCGGAAGAGUGAAGACGGCCUGUGGGAGUGGGACACCGCCAGGCAGGUGACAGUGGGCUCAACCGCCGUCAAGACUCUGCUGGGGGUGGAGGCCUCCGUCUGGGCCUGCUGCGCCAACCGUGUCACGGUCAUCCAGAACUCCACUCUUCACAAGCAAUCAUUUGAGGCUCACCCAGAGCCGGCGGUGAGCGUGACCCACAUGGUGCGCGCCGGGGGCGGCGUGUGGAUGGCCUUCUCCCAGGGCUCGUCUCUGCGCCUGUUCCACACCGAGACGCUGGAGCACCUCCAGGAGAUCAACGUUUCCACUCGCCCUGCCUACCUGGGCCCAGUGGGUCAGAAGGCCAUCUGUGUCACCAGCUUACUCAUCUGCCAGGGGUUGCUGUGGGUCGGCACUGCCCAGGGCAUCAUCGUCACGUUCCCUGUUCCAAAAUUGGAGGGGAUUCCCAAAAUAACUGGUAAGGCUAUGACCUCACUGAAUGCUCACAAUGGUCCUGUGGACUUCCUCGUGGCCACUUCGAGCACGUUGUCCCCGGACUUGCUGAAACGGGACUCCGUUCCCGACGGUGUGGACUCGACCGCCACCGAUGGCGCAACGUCGCCGGCAGCGGCAGAGGGGAAGAAGAGGAGCACCUCGCAGGAGUCCCUCCAGACGGCCAACGACAACUCCCCGCAGCCCGAGAGGCGCCCCAAGGGCGUGCUGCUGCAGUACCGGCUGCGCUCCACCUCCCAGCUCCCGGGCAAGCUCCUCUCGGCCGAGCCCGAGGGCCGCGGAGCCGAUUCGCCCGCCCCAGAGUGGCCCGAGCACGGCCCGGAGGAUGGCUCCAUCUACGAGCUGAGCGACGACCCGGAGAUCUGGGUGCGUGGGCGCCCCACGCUCAAGGAGGGGCUGCGGAGGGAGCGGGUCAUGUCGGCCGCCGUAGUCUCCGGGGGCAGGGGCUUCCGUCGGCUCGGCUCGGUGGACUGCGGCUCCUCGGGGGGGUCGACAUCACAUGAGAGCACGCUCAUGGUCUGGCAGCUCCCGCUCACUGUCUGAGCCAGUGACUCUCCCACUGAACAUCUGGCUGACAGGACAGUUAGCCCUGGAGCCAAGCGGAGACAUAUCCUGUCCAUGAUAUGUCAGGAAAAUAGGACUGCCUUCUCAACGCUGUACUGACUGUCUCUGAGGAAUCACCCUGUAUAUAAUAUCCUAUAUUCCAUCCUCAGGUUCAGUGGUACUAUGUGUGGAGGAUCUGUGGAAGAAAUGAUGUGUCAUAAAGAUAAGGCUAAAGGGAUCAUGAGGUGCAAUUUUAAAGUAGUUCAGUUCAUGCUCAUUUUGUCUCUGUCCAGAAUGUCAUGGUGAAAUCUGAGUGCUGAAGGUGGUCUAGUGUGGACAUGGGAGGUUUCAGUACUAACACUGCUCUGUUAGACUGUGUGUCACACCACUUGGUCAGUUACUGUUGGCAGUGAAUAUGAUGCUGGCCAGGUACUUGGACAUUAUCCUUAGGGUAAGUGGGAAGGGUUCACCUGCAUCAAUAAUGUGCAAAAAGAUUCUCCAAAUGCCAUAGCCCAUCAUAACAGAGUUGAUUAUAAAUAGGUGACUUGUCUAAGCUGUUGAAUAUCUAUUGAUCCAUUGGUCUGAAUCUCUGUGGUUACAUGUCCUGUGAAGUCCUGUCUCCUUUUUUGACUUUAACCUGUUGGACUUUGAAUAAGACAGUGAAUUGUUUAUUUGCCAGAUGAAUGCAACAAAAUACAUGGUUUUGUUCCGAGUGGAUUUCUGUCCUAAUUUCGCCCCUAGAAUAUGUCUUGAAUAAGUAAGGCUUAUGUCCCAUUUUCCUGCUUUCGAUGUUCUGCUUGUUUUAUUUUUCCAAUGUGGCUGCCUCUUUCUUUGUUACAAAAGCCUGAGUUUGUAAAGAUGUUUUGUAGCUUGACCAAUCUGUGGUGAUCUGACCUUUCCAACUAGACUGCAGUUGCCCCACAAUAAUACAUACCCUGGAGUGAGAGCUAAAACUAAUUGGCCCUGUUUCUUGCAGUAAAAAAAAAAGUUCUUGAAAGUUUGUAAAUGUUCUAGGAAUGGACCUAAUAUGUAUGCAUUAAAAGUUACCCAAUGGGGAGUUAUCUUUGCUGACUCUAGAGGGUCUUACCCCUCAAGUAAAAAUUGGCUGCUCUGAAUUGGAGGAUGAAUACAGAAUGUAUUAAGAAAAAGGGAUGUUUGAGAAAGAUCUGUUAUUCCUCUUAAUGUCAGAUUGGGUAACUGAUGACUGACUGUAAUGGAGUAGGGUCUUUGUAUCUCAUACUGUUUAGGAGUGUUAUUCCCAUCUGAGCAUGUCAGUAAGACUAUAGUAUGACUAUAAGAGUCCUGUUGUAAGGGACUCAAUACCCAGUCGAUAAUGUGAAGGAGAGUAUAGUGUCAAAGAGGGAAAUGCUUAGGUACUUGUUUGUGUUGGGUACUUAUUUUACACUUUGUCACUUUCCAUAAUAAAUAAAGCAAUUUUAUCAGAA